AUGGACUUCAUUCUGUUCAAAACAGAUCAAUCAUAUGUGAACUUGUUCGUAGGAGGAGAGAUUUAUCCGGUUCAGUUGAAGACGCUGCUCAAUCCGGAGACAUGCGGCACUUUCUUCAGAGAUAGAGUGAUCCGCGUAGGAGAAUCUGUGAAGGUUCAUUGCACGCAAUGGGAUUCUUCACCAAAUCAUAUCAAAGAUGGACUUUUAUUUAGAGAGGUGCUACAAUUCAUCCGAAACGGUCGACGUACCAGUAUACCAGAUAACAGAUAUCAAUUACAGCAAUUAGUGUGUGAAGCCGAAUUCUUUGGUCUCGAACUCUAUCGGCACAUGCUUCGACGUCGUCUAUGGAAACUCACUGGCAAAGCCGCAUUUUAUGCAUGCUAUUCCGAUUCCGAUUGA